AUGGUUCUUGAGAGGUUGAAGAUUAAAUUAGAAUUGGGAUUUGGGAGAGGGAAAAUUCUACCAAGGAUUGCUGCAGAAGUUGAAGAAAGUCCUAAGGUUUUUAUGGAUGAUUUUGUUUCUCUGGUAAAAACAACUUGUUCAAACCUGUCAAAGCUUUCUUCAAAAUUGGUGAGGGCAAAGGAUAUCUUCCCUGGAAAUGACUUGGUGAAAAAAGUUGAUGAAGUUUUAGGAAAGGUGGCAGCUAGGGAACCAUCAAUUCUAAGCCAAGAUGAAGAAUUCUUUGGCAGUGAGGAUUUCCUAAAUGCACUUGCACAAGCUGAGAAGAAUCUGAUGCAAGGGUCUGAAAAGCAAACAACUAAGAAGCAAAUGGCUGGGAAGAAAUUAACCAAAAAGGGAAAGGAAAAAGAACAAGAAUAUGACAUCAGAAAAGCUUUCAGCUUGGGGUUGACUCCACCUUCUCCAGCCAUUGAAACAGGGCCCACCUCUUCAACACUUGGUGAUAUAAUUGAACAACCAAUAAUUUCAACAAAUGGUAAUAUGUUCAUAUAUUUAAUAAUAAUGUACAUAAACUUAAGUAGAAAUGUUCAUUUCUAAUUAUUAUGUGUAAAUACUAUUAAC